ACUGUAACCCGUUCUCUCCUCCACCAUCAGCUCCUUUCUAUUUAAAUCUUCUAUCAUAUGCAGUUAAACGAAGCAUAACCUCUGACCACCUUCGCUUGCUUGGGAUCCAGAAUGGGGCGAUCUCCGUGCUGCGAGAAGGUUGGCCUGAAGAAAGGUCCAUGGACGCCUGAAGAAGAUCAGAAACUCUUAGCUUACAUUGAAGAACACGGACAUGGAAGCUGGCGAGCCCUGCCCGCCAAAGCUGGUCUUCAGAGGUGUGGAAAGAGCUGUAGACUAAGGUGGACUAACUACCUCAGACCUGAUAUUAAAAGAGGCAAAUUCAGUUUGCAGGAAGAACAGACUAUUAUUCAACUCCAUGCUCUUCUAGGGAACAGGUGGUCGGCUAUAGCAACGCAUUUGCCCAAGCGAACUGACAAUGAGAUCAAGAAUUACUGGAACACCCACCUCAAGAAACGGCUAGCCAAAAUGGGAAUAGAUCCGGUGACCCACAAGCCCAAGAGCGACGCCCUCAGCUCGGUCGACGGUCAGUCCAAGACAGCUGCCACUCUUAGCCACAUGGCUCAGUGGGAGAGUGCUCGCCUGGAAGCCGAAACCAGAUUGGUCAGAGAGUCCAAAUUGAGGUCCAGUUCAUUUCAACAUCAGCUCGGCUUAUCGGCUUCAGAUUCGGGCUCCACUUCGUCUCAGCUUCUCAACAAGACAUCAUCAGAUCCUCCGGCGUCGUCUCAGUGUCUCGACGUGCUAAAAGCUUGGCAAGGAGUGUGGUCAAAGUCGAGCAAAAUGGGUGCCAUUUCCGGUCUCGUCAACGGCCGUGACCUUGAGUCUCCGACAUCAACUUUGAGCUUCUCCGAAAAUGCAGUGCCAAUCCCAACUGUCGGAUAUGGCGAUAACCCAACGACUACGACCGAAUUGGUUGGCAAUUCAAGUACAUACGGAGGAGGAGUUGUCAAAGAAGAAGGUGAAGAAGAUUGGGAAGGCUUGGGGAAGUCAAUCCACCUGCCCGAAUACAAAGAACGAAUGGAAAACUCAGUAACAUUCAUGACAGGUUUCCAGGAUUCAGUGUUUGCAGCAGAGGACUCAUGGACCUCAGAGUCUUCAAAGACGGGAAAUGGGCAUGUACCCAGUUCAAACUUCAUAGAUGGCUUUACUGAUCUUCUUCUCAACCACUCAGAUGACCGGAACUCAUCCGACGGAAGUAGAGAUUCUCAUAAUGCUAAUGGCAGCCGUGGAACCAACGACUAUGAAGAGAACAAGAAUUAUUGGAACAACAUACUCAACCUAGUGAACUCUUCUCCAUCGGAUUCACCGGUGUUUUAGGGUCAAAUCGCCGGAAAGCUUGACAUAAAAAGUUGUUAGUCACCCAAACUUGUCAACCUACGUCAAGUGCGUUGUCAUCAUGCUAUUAUAAGUGAAAAUUAAAGCUUAGUCCUCUCUACCCAUGGCAAUUCAUCCGAGUUUGCCAACCGGUACCUAAUCGUUUUUUGUGUUGAAAAUUUCCAAGGCAACUCGUCCGAGUCAAGCCAGCGAAGUUCGACAUCUUCUUUUUGUUUAAUGUAUAUCUUCUAAUUUAGGUUUCAGUACCGGUGUCAAUGAUCCAUAGUCCAUAUAGUUUGUAAGCAGUAGAUAUGAUGAACUGAAUAAUGUGCCCCUUGUUCAACGAGAAAAA